AUGAACCAUGAAGACCCACCAGAAAAUAAGCAGCACUGGGAUUGGUCGAGUCGGCACAGCAGGAUUCUCAUUGGCUCCCUCAUCUCCUUAGCAACGGCUGUAGCAUGGGUGUCAUUCAGCGAACUUAUCCAGGAUGCCUUAGCCAAUGAGAAUUUCAAUGCGCCCUUCACCUUGGCCUAUGUCUUCACCGCGUUUCUCAUUGUAUUGUUUCCCGCAUUUCUUUGUUUUGCUCGCAUCUCCAAAUUACGCCCAAUCAAAGAUAUUCUCAGAGAAUGUUUGCAGCUGUACCAAGACAAUGAAGAAUUCAGCCGUCUGCAGUUUCUGUGGAAAUCGUCGGCGUUUUUCCUGGUGUCUAUAUUCACAAUGUACAUCUACAUCCGGGCACUGCAGAGACUGGGAGCCGCCGACUGCACGGCGCUGUUCGCAGCCAAUCACAGCUUUGUUUACUUGUUGUCAUGGAUUAUACUGUUUGAGAAGUUUAUACCAAUGAGGAUCUUUGCCAUGAUUUUCUCUAUCACUGGAAUAGUAUUAUUUGCCUACGUUGAUGGGUUUGGAACCCCGGCCAUGUUUGGAGUCGUCCUGGGGGUCACGUCGUCAGCAGGCGCUGCCGUGUAUAUGGUUCUGUACAAAAAAUUUGUUGGUGAGGCGUCCAGUGCUCAGGCGUCGUUUUUUCUGUCCAUUAUAGGCCUGUUUGCCUUGUUGUUUCUCUGGCCGCUGUGGCUGUUGCUGUACCUGCUGCGGGUGGAGGUGAUCGUGUGGGGUCACGUUCCUUGGGGCAUCAUCAUACCUAGUGCUAUCUUAAUUAUUGUAUAUUCUGCUGCUAAAGAGUGCACCGUACAACUGACGUAUCCGAUGUGUAUCGGCAUGGGCCUGGUACUGGCUAUACCACUGUCUGCAGCUGCUGACACGAUAUGGAAGGGCCGAGAAUUUUCUGGAAUGAAGAUCGCUGCCUUGGUUUUGAUCACCACAGGAGUCUUCCUGAUUCUGCUGCCGGAAAACUGGCAUCAUCACAUCUGCAAACACAUCCGCGCCAAGCCCAGAGACAGCGAGCAACAGAGCAUUGGCCACAGUACAACCCUCAGGAGCAGAUUGAGUCGAACAUCCUACAUGUGA